AUGAAGUUUUCUUCGAUCAUCGCUCUUUUCGGAACCAUGGCUUCUGCUCAAUUCUACGACUACGAUGAACCAAUGGAAAAACGCGCUGGUGACGGAAAUUUCGCCACCGGAAUGGGCGGUCGAGCAUUCAACGCUUACACUGGUCGACGACUCCGAGCCAUUGACGGAGGUUCUGCUCGAUACCGACAAGCAAUGUUCGGAUAA